UUAAUAUUUCUAUGGGGUGCUUCGUUAUCGCUAUUACAAAAUGAAUGAGCUGGGACAUCGGUGUCAGGCUUCCCCUGUGCAGGUAGAAACUUCAUUUGCUUGUCUACGAGAAGAGUUUCAGGAAUUCAAAACGGAAAUGUUGUCUGUUUUAGAACUCCUACGUAACCAAAUCUCUGUACUCUGCAAGAGUAUUGACGACAUUGAAAUGCGGCACAGAAGAAAAUAUCUCUUGGUGGGUGGCAUUCCGGAGGACAAUAACAUUGAUCUCACUGAUACUGUUGUCAGCUCAUUGAUCAAUAAAAUAGGGCUAGCUUUGUCAGUAGAGAAACUCUCCGUUUGCGUCCAUCUUGCUAAUAUCGUGGAGGGACAGUGUGGGCCUGUUAUGCUACGCUUUACCGAGCCUUCCCUUAGGGCUACUGUCUGGAGCAUGAAGACUGCUCUUAAAGGUACAUCUCACACUAUUUCCGAGUUCCUGACUCGUUAGCGGCACU